GAUAUCUUUCUCACACUACUAAUACUAUCCAAAUCGAUUUGAUGAUCUCGGUCGAGAAAGUAUACACAAGACUCCCCACCGCUCGUGCCCUUGUGGCUGAGGUGACAAUGGCUAUCGUCUCUGGAGCUUAGCCUAUGCUUUUACCAAGUGCCUUGGGAGGAGCUUAUCUUCUCCAAACCGGAAAGGGUCAUAAAAUUGCUGUGGCUAAACCGUAGCCUUUAGCUUUAAACAACCCUGAAAAGUCUAGAAGUUUGAGGCUAGGGCAACCUGGUAUGAAACAUUCUAUUCCUGUUGCUGAAACUUGUGUAAGAGAGUUAGCUGCUUACUUUCUUGAAUACCAAGGCUUCUCUGGUGUUCCACCAACAGCUUUGGUUAGUAUCUCGCAUGUUCCUUUCCAUGUCAAUGACGCCUUCUCCUCCAUGCCCUAUAAGGUUUCUUCCUUGCAGAGAUUUAUGUGUCUUGAUUUUGAUGCCGGAGAGUUAGGUCCAGGAAGCUUCACGGUUGCUUCGGUUCAUCCGAUAGGUAUACUUGAUGUGAGAGUCUUGAACCUUGACAGACACGCAGGGAAUAUGCUAGUGAAGAGAUGUGAACAAGACAAGGGAGUUGGAACUGCUGAGCUUGUCCCAAUAGAUCAUGGUCUCUGCCUCCCUUAGUGCCUAGAUGAUCCUUUACUUUGAGUGGCUUAACUUGGCUCAAGCUUUGGUUCCACUCACAGACACUGAGCUGGAGUAUAUAUCUAAUCUAGAUCCUUUCAAAGACGCAGAACUUCUUAGAAAUGAACGACACUCUUUGCCUGAAUCUGCUAUACGUGUCCUUAUAGUAUGCACGGUUUACUUGAAACAAGCAGCAGCUGCAGGGCUUUUGAACGCACUCUUAAUAAUUAUUAUCUUUCUUCCGAA